GUCAGCUGAGAUGAAACCAUUAUCCAGCUGUCAAUCUACAGCUACUGUGGAAAGGAUGAGCUCUUGAAAAGUUGUUUGACAAUCGAGUCCCUCGCUAUCAUUUAACAUUUCAUCUAGAAGACAAACAAACAAGGGAAUAACUUAGAGGCACACAGUAUUACCAAUUUAAAAUGAAAGUGAAGCCUUACUGUAAACGUGCAGAAAAUGAUUUGGACUUUCAUGAUCAUCACAUCUCUGGCAACGACAGCACUUUCAAAAGGUUCUGUAGAAUGCAACUUAACUAAUCCUACUGCAACAACCAAGAAGUGUUUUGGAAAACUUGGGGCACCGCUGAUUUUUCACCUACCGACUUCAACUACAAAGUUGACUUUGAAGAAGGACAGCGAUAUCAUUUUUAAGUUGGUUGACAAUACAGACGUAUUGGAUGUCAAUCACAAAGAAGGCAAAAAAAUGACAUUUUUCAAUAAUGGAACAUUGAAGCUCAACAAGGCAUCAAAGGAAGAUUCUGGGGAUUACGUGCUGGAAAUAUAUAAUUCAGUGACUGGCAGAUUCUUGAAUAAAAUCAACAUCACUGUACAAAUACAAGCUCCUGUGUCUAAACCAGCUGUGUCUCAGACAUGUUUGUCACCAGAACAGAUGAUGGUCAGCUGCUCCUCUGAGGGAGGUGGAGCAGAGAUCAUUUUAUCUUUGGACAAUAACUUAUGGAUACACAGCGGGGCUGCAGAAACACACAAUGUUACCGUCAGUUUAUACGGUCAGAUGACUGGAAACCUGACAUGUGAUGUUCAAAACUAUUUCAGCAGAGAACAAAUGGUCAUCCAGCUCACAAGCUGUUCCAGUUCAGGUUCCAGUUCAGGUAAUGACUGUCUCAUCUCUCUUGUGACUGUGGCUGUGAGAGCAAGUGCUGCUGCUCUUCUGCUCCUUUUGUCUCUCUUUCUUCUUCUUGGUUUCAAAUACUUGAAGUCAAAGAGAUCAAUGACAGUCAAGUAUGAUGUUGCCGAAGAUGAAAUCGCCUACUCGGAUAAAUGAAAAGCAACACCCCAUUCACAUCGAAAUGUAACAUUUUUUCUUACAACUUCAACCAACUUCACCAUUUUUAGCCUUAAUAUCUAACCCUAAUCUUAACGUUGGCCACCAACCCAGAUGUUUUUAUGAUCAAUACUAUGGCCGCAACAAACAUUGGGCGAUGUCUUCAUUUACUUUUUUAAGCAUUCACUGGUCACCUUAUUAGGUACACCUUGGUAGUACUAGGUCAGACACAUUUUCCUUCACAUAGAUUCAACAAGGUGCUGGAAACAUUCCUUAUGACAUGAUCGUAAAAUGCAGUUGCUGCACAUUUGUUGGAUUCAAAAACCAGUCUCCCAUUUCUCCACAUCCCAGUGGUGCUCUAUUGGAUUGAGCUCUGUUGACUGUGGAAGCCAUUUAAUAAUAGGGACCUCGUGUUCAAUAAAACUGAGGUCAUUUGAGCUUUGUGAUAUUAUCCUGCUGAAAGAAGCCAUCUGAACAUGGGUACACUGGUCAUAAAAAGGAUGGGCAGUUCCAGCAGGAACAGGAUCAGCAAGUCUGUGAUAGAGUUGGUGCUACAUAUUUCUGUUUUUACUAGUGGUCUUUUGAAUACCACCCAGACUGUUGUUGUUUACUGUAUAUGUUCUCUUUUCACGCCAUUGUCUGUAAACCCUAAAGAUGGUUUCAGCAGAUUGGCUUGAAUAUGUGUACAGAUCUAAAUGCACAGAGUUGCCGCCAUGUGAUUAAAUGAUUACAUAUCUUUUUUCACUGGUAGAAGAAUACAAAUAGCCACUUCCUUGAUUCAUACGUGAAACAGGAAGAGAAAACUGAUCACAUGUUGUUCUACAACCCAAAAGACAACCACGACUUUUAUGCAGAAAAUGCUACCUAAAACCACAUGUUUUAAAGGCCAUCUGUGAAACCAGGCACCUUGGAAACGAAACCUAUUCUGACCAUAAAGUGAACAUUAAGUUUUAAUGGUUACUAGACAAUAACAGAUGCAAUAAAUGGUUUUAAAACUGCAGAAUAUUCUGCUUUGAUACAUUUAGUUCCAAAUAAAUUAUUUAACUGAACAAUUGUCAGGAGAUUUGUAAAGUUUUAUAAUCAUGUGUAAAAUCUGUAAAACUUGUAAAUAAAUAUUCUAUAAAUACAUAUUUUAUAAAUAU